GGGUCCGAUCUUGUGACGUCUCUGAAUUAACCGGCUCGUGAAGGCAUGUUUCUUAUGAUGUGCAUUUAUUUUGACUGUUUAUUUCUGUGAAUUCAACUUACCCAUAUAUACCAAAAAUGAUCCGCAGCAGGCAGGAGGUUGAUAAAUAUGUGUCUGCCGCAAUUCGUAACCUUUCAAGCCCACACGAGCAAAAUCUUAAAGGUUAUGCGUUUGCUCGUAUGUAUUACGAAGCACAAGACUAUGAUAAAGCAAUCCACUACAUUACUGUCUACUUGAGUGUCAACCAAUCAGAUGCUAAAGGUCAUAGACUGUUAGGAAAGAUACAACAGACAAAGAAACAUUAUGAGAAGGCAAUUGAUUCCUAUAGAAGAUCAUAUGAGUUGAAUAAUACCCAGAGGGAUUUAGUUUUACAAGUUGCUGAACUUUACUGUCAUGUACGAACAGACCCACAACGUGCGCAGUACUGGGUUGACCAGGCAACUCGGUUCUUUCAAGGUCACAAAACUAUCUUCAAGCUUCGAGAACACCUUUUGAGGAUCAAUGGAGCAAGUGUGAAAGAAAUAGAAGAUUUCUUGGUCACAGAGAUGGCAAGUAGUCCGGAUAAUGUUGAUCUGCAUAUCAAACUAGUGAAACUGUACAAGGACAACAAACGUUUGGACGAAGCAUACAAUCGAUGUAUCCAAUGUGAAAGGAAUAAAUUAUUCUCCAACAACUUACAGUGGUUUGUGUUACAGGCUGAUUUAUUACAGGCUUAUUUAAAAAGUAAAGAAAAGUCUAAUAACAAUAAAUUAAUUCAGGAUAUCUAUGUUAAUCUGUUGAACGUCGCUAGUAAAGUUGUACUGCUAUCGAUGGAGCAGCACGAUGCAUAUGCCGAGAGCACAGAUUGUCUAGCAAGAUUUGAUCAAUAUUUACUAAAUGCUUACAAUUAUUGUCCAAUCAACAAUGAUGAUGAAGAAACAGAAUGGACUGUUGCACUUAGGGAGAUGCGAGGACAACUUUACUAUCUUUGUGGCGUUCUUAUAACAAAAAUGGCGUUCAAGGGUGCCAUAGAAUGGAGUGAAGCACUAUCUCUGACGGCAGUCUGUUAUCUAGCAAGUCUUGAAAUCUCACUACCAAAUACACAGACAGCUUGGAUGGCCACAGCUAUGAGAAAUAAUGCCCAGGAACCAAUGAGAUGGUAUUAUAUCGCUUGUAACAGACUCAGUCAAGUUGCUCAUCUUGUGGAUAAUCUAUAUGAGCAUCAUGGUGGAGAAUGGCUUGAUAAAACUUGUGAGAAAUGGUGCAGUCCACAGGGACGAGAAGAGAUAUUUUAUAAGCUGUUUAGUUGUAGAUACAAUUCAGCAAAGUCAUUCUUCCAUCAAGAUAUUAAAUUUUGUCAAGUUAAUGGUAACGAUGCUUUGGCUAACAUCGAUGAUGAUCUCAUCACUUACGAUGAAGGAGUUGUUGCAGAUCAGCCUCACAGUCUCAGACAUAUUAUAUGGCUGGCAUUGCAGUGGUUUUCACAAAGCAGUGAUGUUCAGCCUGACGUUGUUUUCCUUCUUGCACCUGCCUUUGAAAAGCUUCAUUAUAAUGUCCAGAAUUUGCAAAGCGUAGCCGUGGAAACCAUCUGCCAGCUUGAUAUACAGAGCUUUGUUUAUGCUGUUGUGUACUGCAGUAAACAUUUAAUUAGAGAACAGUACAUAGAACAUCAUAUGAGUGAUUACCAGCAGGAAAUGCUGCCACUGUGCUUAUCAAAAAAACUAGUAACAACUGAACAAGAGGAAUGGUGGAAUGCUGUAUGUUCGUUGUAUACAGGCAAAGCAAGUGCCAGUGAACGAAGUAAACUUCGACUGAAAGCACAGAAAGGUUUGGAAGUGAUUCGUGUUAUAGGCAAACACGGUAUACAAACUGAGUUAUUAGUGCAUCUGGCAAAGUGCUUUGCUUCCAGGAUGAACGAAACACGGCAGAUGUCAGAACAGCAGUGGUAUUUUCAGGAUCAGUACCUGUGUUUACAGUCAAGAGCUGCUCUUUACUGGGAAGGAGUGCUACCAAUACUAGAAAGAUUCGCUCAGGAUAUGAACGUCUCCAAGCCAUCUAAUCCAUUUUUCAAACAUGUGGAAUCUUCUUUACAACUAUCUCAAGUUAGAGAGUAUAUUAGAGAGGGAAUGAAGUUUGUUGCAUCUAUGACGUUUGAGAAGGGAGAUCAUGAGAAAGCCCUAGAACUAUUUGAAACCAUUGGAAAUGCUGAUGCUGUUUUCAACCAAGCAAUGAUUUAUAAAUUGUUAUCUCAGCGAAUUAUGGAGGAUAAAGAAGGGGAUAUUGAUUCGGAUGAUGAACGCAAGAAAUUAGACUUGCUGAAGAAAUCCAGAGAGUGCUUGUAUAUGGCUGUAGACAAACUAGGAACUCGUUCUGAUGAUCCAUUAAAUAGAAAAAUUGCUGAAGCUCUUGAGGAGGUGGAUUCCAUACUUGAUACAUUGACCCCUGUGACAAGGCGAUUAAACUUUAAUGGUAGUGUAAGUAGUGUUUCCGAAAGUGGAGAUGUGACGUCACCACUUGACAGACCUGUCUUAGAAAGCACAGUCAGAGAGGAUCAGCCAUGUGUGUUGUAUGAUCCCUCACCAAGACGUAUUGCUGCUGAAUUGAGGAACUUGAAUUCCUCUCACACUAAACUGGUUGAAAACCAUAGCAAAUUACUUGAGAAAUAUUCAGAGUUACAGAACAACUAUGGUAAAAGUCAGCAGCAGAUUGAAACCCUAUCAAAACAACUCUCAGAUGUUAUGUUAUGUAAAUUAAAUGUCAAACUACAGUUACCAACGCUGAAUAUCAACAUUGUCUCUGCAAGUGCCAGGGAUGAAGGUACACAUAAAUGUCCUCAGAUUGCAUCAACAAAGGCACGUUAUGCAAAGCAAUUAAAAGACAUUCAGACAUCACAGCGUCCUGAGCCACCACAAGCAGCAGCUGCUUCAUCUCCAAAAUCAACCAUGACACAUGAACAACAAAUACUGAUACUAGCCCAUCAACUACAGCAGAUUGGACCUUCAAGUGUUGGGUCUGUAACAGUCACUACUGCUACAUCAUCGGCGUUACAUGGUUAUGUAGGUGGUAUGCCUGGUCUUAUACCACCACAUGUUGAUAGUGCUUAUGGCUCUAUGGCAUCACAACCAGUCACAGCUAUAUCUACUCUUACUGAUAGUUUCCAUGCUGCUACCACAUCAACUGAGUCCAGUCUUCCCUCCAGGCCAGGAUUUGUCGCAUCUACUACAACAGUGGAAAGUGGUGGGAUAUUUCCUCGAUUCAGUUUUGCAUCUCAAGGUACUGGGGAUUACAACUUUGCUGCACCACUGAUACAACAUGAAACUGUUCCAAGACCGGACUCGUACUUUGGCUCUGCUAUACAGAGUUAUAACAACACAACCACUUCUGUAUCUCUGUCAACAUCAAAUCAGGCUUAUUUGAUUGGCUCAGAGUCUUCAGAAAUACCUGAUAAGCCGAAAGAAGCACCAGCUCCUCCUGCACAGACUUCCAUUUUUGGAACUAGAACUGGUGCAUCAGAGUUGACAUUCCAGGACAUGGCAAACAGUAAUAAAACAACAAGUUUUGGAGAUGGAGGAGCCUUCAAGGGGGCUGGUCGUAAAUUGUUUGAGCAAAACAAAGAUGUUACCGAAGAGGAAUCCGGCGAAGAAGGUGAUACAACUGAUGAUGGCAUUCAUUUUGAACCAAUAGUUCAGAUAGGAUGUGAUGAUGACCUUGGAAAACCUGAGAAAUCUUUAAGUAGCUACAUGGGAGAACCACCUCGUUUGAUUAAAAAGAGUGAAUUAUCAACUAUGAAAACUCACAGCGAUGGAAAAACACUUGUCAUCGUUACAAGUCCUGGGAAAGCUCUAGGUACACAGAUCAUUCAACAAAACCAGGAAUCUACUCCUGGUGAUCAACCAUUUAGUGAUACAAAGAAAGGUGGACUAACUUUUGAAGGUAUUGCCUCGUCAAGUCAGGGUCAUGGAUUUUCUUUUGGGAAAACCUCAGGCUCAUUCAAAGGAUUUGCAGGGGCAGGUAGUCAGCUGUUUGGACAUUCUAAAAAUGAAGGGGAUGAAGAUGGGUACUUUGAAGAUGAUGCAGGAGAUAACAUUCAUUUUGAACCAGUUGCUCAGUUACCUGAGAACGUUGAUUUGUCAACUGGUGAAGAAGAUGAGGAGAUUCUAUACAAAGAGAGAGCCAAAUUAUACAGGUUUGACCACUCUAAUGGGCAGUGGAAGGAGAGAGGAGUUGGAACAUUAAAGCUACUGAGACAUUGCAAGACUGGACAUAUAAGACUUUUAAUGAGGCGUGACCAAGUGCACAAAGUCUGUGCUAAUCAUCGAAUUACAACCUCAAUGAAAUUGACUGAGAAUGCUGGAUCAGAUAGAACAUGGGUCUGGAAUGCUAUGGACUAUGCCGAUGAGAAACCAAAACUAGAACAGUUAGCAGUGAAGUUCAAAUUCCCCACCAUUGCUAAUGAAUUCAAAAAUAUGUUUGAAAAGUGUCAAGAAAUGCUUGCAAAUUGUGCACCAACAACUCCAGAGAAACCACCAAGUGUGUCUCCCAAUUCAAAGGCUUCUCCAUUGCUAAUGUCAUUAUUAACUACUGACUCAAAGACUGAGCAAGGGAAAACUUUGACACAAUUAUUCAAACCACCUCCAGGAUCUUGGAUAUGUAAGGUCUGUGAGGUACGUAAUGAAGUAUCCAAGACAGCAUGUCUGGCUUGCUGUACACCUAAAGAUGGUGCUGAAGGUAGCGAGGAAUCAUCAGCAAGUGGCACUAAGGGCUUCUCUUUUGGCACAUCAACUGAGAGUCAAGGUCUUGGAUCCUUUACUUUUGGUUAUCAGCCUCAGAAAUCUGAAACAGAUCGGAAAACCUUCACUGGAUUCACCUUCAGUAGCACCAAAUCAGACGCUGAUAAUAAAGAUACUCCAAAGGCAUUUUCAGGAUUUUCUUUCGGUUCUGUGAAGAGUAAUACUAGUGCUCCUGUUGAAUUUGAUGGUGGAAGUACCAGCAAAUCUGCUUUUGGCUUGUCACUUACUUCUUUGACCACUUCUGUGGAAGGCAGUUCUGAGAAGAGUCAACUGAAUAAGUCCACUGCAUCACAGGGGGAUGACUAUUACAAUUCAGAUGAAGGAGAUCACAUUCAUUUUGAACCAAUUGUCUCAAUGCCUGAAAAAGUUGACCUUAAAACAGGAGAAGAGGAUGAAGAAUCUAUUUUCAGUCACAGAGCCAAACUUUAUCGCUUUGAUGCAGGUUUAAGCCAGUGGAAGGAACGUGGAGUUGGUGAUAUCAAAAUAUUACAACACCGAGAAACAAGCAAGGCUAGAAUCGUAAUGAGACGGGAACAGGUACUCAAAUUAUGUGCUAACCAUUAUAUAACAGACGAGAUGACUCUUAAACCCAAUGCAGGAUCAGAUCUUUCCUGGGUUUGGAAUGCAGUGGAUGGUUCUGAAGGAGAACCACAAACAGAACAGUUAGCUGUAAAAUUUAAAACUGCAAAUACUGCAAAAUACUUCCAUGAUAAGUUUUUAGCAGCACAAGAAUCACAGAAACUAGCAAAGGCAGAAGAUUCACAGAAAAUAGCAUCCCCUGUUAAAGAAGGUUGUUUAAGAACUUUGAUAUCACCACCGAAGUUCACACAUGUGCCACAUGUGUCAGAUAACUCUGGAGAUUCAUCAGCUACUUCAUCCGAGGCAAGAGCUGCCAAGCCAUCAACAUUUGCCACAUUUUCAUUUGGAAAACAAUAUGAAAAACCAUCAUCAUCAACGUCAAGUAUAUUUGGUGAAUCAAAGUCUCAAGAAAAGACGGCUAUAGAUCCAGAUUUUGUUGAAGUUGUGUUUGAAAACAAGCCUUCAUCACAGCAAGUGACUGACGCUAAGAAGUACAAAUUACCUGCAACAUUUUAUUUAUAUGAAGAAAAACCUCCUUGUAUCGGAUGUCGAGGCUGUUCUGACAAAUUGCCUGAUGACUGGGAUAGUUGGACUGAUAGACUUAACAAACCAUUGUAUCUUGAUGAUAGUCGUGCAGAAACACCAAGACCAGAAUCUACAAUGAAAGGAGAGAAAGAUAAAUAUUUUGACAGCUCCAAUAGUGCAUCUUUUGGUACUGUGGCAUCAGAAUCACCAGAUGGUUUUCUAUUUGGAAAGAAAGAUCCAUCUUUUAAAUUUCAAGGAGCUGGUAGUAUGUUGUUUGGUUCUUCGUCUUCUAGAAUAUCAGAUGCAGAAGGAGAUCAAGUUGGCUUUCAAUGUCAUCAUAUUGUAAGAAAUCGUGCAAUUCUUGCGUUAGCAUUACAAUUGAAGUGUAUAUCCCUUCGAACUGAACUGAACCUUGUAUUUAAUUAG